AUGGCAGAGGAUCAGACUGACACGAUUGCUGAGCAGGAACACGACAAUGUCUCCUUUGCACAGCAUGAGGAAGGACAUGACUCGGAGGACGAUGAUGGGAGUGUGGACGGUGCCGGAGACCAUGACGACCACGAGGAGCAUGAUUAUGGCUACUGCCCCGAUGGUGACGAAGACGAAGAGAAUGACUUGGAGUGGGAAGACGAAGACGAGGACGAGGACGGAGAUCUUGGCCCAGAAGAUGGGGAGGUUGACGAUGAUGAUGACACUGGUAUGAGCUUUGUACGGAGACUGUAA